AAUACAUUACAUUAGAGAAGAAAGAAAAAAAAAAUGGAGAAUUCAAGUUUCGACACAGUAUUUUCGCUAGAUCUACAAAAGCACAUUAUGUCAUUUUUCACUCUGAAAAGCUUGGCGAAAUGCAUCUGCGUCUCGAAGCAAUGGGCAUCUCUUAUCCGUGGGGAAGACUUCGCAAAAGUUUACUUGAACCGAUCGAUUGAUAGGCCUCGACUGAUGUUCAUGGUCGGACGAUUUGCAUCCGACCCGCCUGAACCUCAGAUGUCGUGGUUUUACAAUGUUUAUAAAGAGCUAAAACGUGCGCCCGGCAAAUAUGACGUAGAGACUGAGGCGUUGUUUCACUCUGUUUACCAAAAGGAGGAACCACUGUUGUUGUCUGGUCAACAACAGUUACGUAUUCCUUUUGAGCCAUUUACUUGUAGUGUUACUCGACCCAUCCAAGGUUUGAUCUAUCUUCAGUUAAGAACUAAGUCUGCGAUUUGCAACCCCGGUGCGAAAACGUUUAGGACUUUACCGGAGAUCAAAGCGGAUCCAAAAACUGUCAUAAAAAGUUUUUUGGGAUACGACAAAGCUACGGAUGUAUUCAAGGUGUUAUGUAUAACAUGUCGAAGUGGGGUAUUUGUAAAUCCGAUUAGGACAUAUCAGGUUUGCACGAUAAGAUUCAACGCCGGUGAAGAAUCUUGGAGACCGAUCAGAUGUGCGUAUGAUCAUUCACCAUCCACUGAAGGACUAUUUAUAGAUGGGGUUUUGUACUAUGAAGCUGAACGUUAUAGUGACAAGGCUCGGGUAAUAAUGAGCUUCAAUGUGAUGUCUGAAGAAUUUAGUGUCAUUGAAUUAUCUGAGCAAGUUAGGUCAGAUAAUAGUUGGCACUUGGUGAAUUAUAAUGAGAAAAUUGCCUUACCUCAGCCUGUUGACAACAAAAGUAGAGGUUUGCAAAUGUGGGUUAGAGAUGAAAUGGGAGUAUGGUCACUCAGAAGCAUUAGGAUUCCUCCUUGGAAGAAAGCUAUUGGAUGCAAAAGGCUUUAUUUCAGAGGCAACAUUCAUGGAACAAAUGAACUUGUUUUCACAGAAAACGGCUGUCUUGGACACCUAAUACCCUCUGUUAUACAUGUGUUGCUUUACAAUACGGAAAAGCCAAAUCUGAUCAGAAAAAUUGAUGUUGAAAAGUUGGAUGGUGAUAAUGCUGAAACCUUCGUGGAUCAUGUGGACAGUACUUGGCUCAUGUGAAGAAUUAAGAAGAUCACUGGUUUGUUAUGGGUUGUUCUGUCUCUCUAGCUUCUCAGGUCGUAUUGGUAUUGUUCGUUUUCAUUUCUAUUAAAGUCGUUACUCUCUACUUAUGCUAAACAAUAAUGUUGUCUCUCUUUCAAGUCGUAGUACUGGUCUGAUUGGGAAAAUUGUUAGUUUUCAUUAUACUACUCUCGUUAUAUCUUUUAUUGAUGCUAAAUAAUAAUAAUAAUAAUGAUGAUGAUCUUAUUGAGAUUG